GACCAACAACUUGUUUCUAUUCCAGAAGCGAUUACAGCAUUAAAUAUGGUUGUGAAAUCUCUUUUUCUCUUCAAGUUUUUGUCUUUCACAAUGACCGCAUCAUCUCUACAUUUUAUAGAUCAUUCUCCGAUGAAUUGUUCUCAAGAGGAGCUAGCAUGCACGGUUCAAGUGGGUAACUGCUCAAAUGAGGGUUGGGUGAUGUCACGGGUGAAUGCCCCAAGAUCUCCACAGAGCGUAACUUCAAAGGUAACAGCUAAAAAAGAUCAAGGUGGACAGUAUGCGCCUGUUCUACAGCUGACAUGGAGUCAAUCACCUGAUGGUAGCAUAUACUUCAUCAAUGGGACUGAAGUCUGUGUAGUUGAAAUAGCUACAAAUAAGAGUGAGUGCGUUUGUUACAUCUUUCUCAAUAAACUGCCAUGGACAAAAAACCUGAAGAAUGAAAUGUGGACUUUUUCUUUGGACGGAGUUGUGGUCUACCUGGGUUUUAAAUACCAGAUCUUUGUAACCAAUUUACCAAAGUCAGACAUAGGAAGCUACACAAAAGAAAUCAACGUCACAGUUCCAGAGAACCUUUGGAAUCCUAAGCUUGUGUGGGUAGUCGAAAAAAUGAAGGAAAGCAACCUGGUGAUAACAAUAAACUUUAAACCAGAAACGUUUUCUGACCAAUUCAAAGUCUCUAUGCUCAGUCCUGACCUUCAUCUAAAACUGUCUCACAUUAUCCUGAAGGCCAACCAGACAUCACUGAAAGUUAAUUUUACACUGGAACCAAAGCAGAUAACUGACUGCGGUUUGUACUUGGUGAUUCAGCCACUCUCUGUUCAAUGUUUGAAUAACUGUCUGGAUUACAAAGAGAAAGUUGAUAUUUGUCCAUAUCUUCCAAAAGCUCCUGCUGAUUUUACAGUUUUGGUGAUACUGGUAUCGCUGAUGGUUACAUUGGCUGUGGUUUCUUCCUGCACUGCGUUCUUGCAGUACAAACAUUUCCAUAAAGCCGCCCUCUCCUUAGACAGCUCUACCUGUGCAAAACCUAAACUGGAAUGCAAACCUGUUCAAGAGCAUAGAAGGGUCUUUAUUAUCUACUCUUUGGACCACCCCCUGUACAAAGACAUCAUCCUGAAAUUAUGUGCCUUCUUGAGGGCUAAGUGUGGCACAGAUGUUACCCUUGAUCUCCUGGAUUCAUCUUGGCUCGGCACCAUCGGUAGAAUUCAAUGGCUGGACAUGCAAAGAGAGCAGAUCUGCAAGUCUUCGGAUAAAGUCCUGGUCUUGUGCUCUCCAGGCGUGUAUGCAAAAUGGAGAGCGAUGUGCGGUGAGCAAACUGUUCGACUGAAGGAGGACGCUUGUUCACCAAUAGGAGACAUGCUCACGCCGGCCCUGAGCCUCAUCAUACCGGAUUUCGCUUACGCUUCGUCUUUUCACAAGUACAUAGUGGCUUAUUUCGACGAUGUGUGCAGUGAGAACAACGUACCUGCACCAUUUAACACUGUGGUGAAGUACAAACUGAUGAAGCACUUCGAAGAACUCUACUUUAGGAUCUUAGGAGUGGAAAAACACGAGCCGGGGUGGAUUAAAUGCGUCGAGGGCAUCAGAGAGAACGAUUACUUCACUUGUCCAUCAGGAAGAGCCCUACGAGAUGCUAUUGAAGCAUUUCACAAAUACCAGCUGAAGAAUCCAAACUGGUUCAAAAUGGAGCUUUUGGGUACUGAUGAUGAAGGUGAGGCGGCCAGCUUUGAACCCAUCUGUCCUAUGGACAUCAGCUACAAUGCUGUCACAGCAUGUUAUGAAGUGACUGAAGAGCAUGGAGCACAAACAGGUGUCAAUAUGAUAAAGCGUUGCAAUGAAAAUGAGCACAUUUUAACGACUUCCACUGAAGAGACAGGCAUAAUACUAAAUAAACCAUCUUUAGUUGUUACCACAGACGUUCAGUUCAGUAGUCCGGUACUGAAUAGUUUGACAACCAUUGAUGUGAAAGAGAUACCAGCAACAAAAAAAUGUGGCACAAAAUAUUUUAUGCUUACCACCUCUGUAAACCCUUGUGAACAUCUUUAAACAGACAUAACUAUGAUCUAUCUGUUUUUUAUAUAUAUGUAUUAAAAGGUAUAUAUCUUUGUUUACUAGCAGUUUCUAAAGGGUUUAAGGUUUGUUUCCCAAUUACUUACUAUUUAUUCCUAAGUUUUAGUAACUAGUCAUA